GAGGAAAGCGGCGAGAGGCGGGCCGGGCGGACCGGGCGGGCUGGAGGCUGCGCGGAGCCGCUGCGUGCCGCCGCGGGUGCGGGCCCGCGGGCUGCGGGAGGCGUGAGCCGCUCCCGGUGCGGUGACGGUGAGCCGCGGGAUUGUGACGCGCAGCCUGGGAGGGCACCGGGCUGGACGUGGGCGCAGGCAUAGGGGCCGGCUCUGGGCGGACUCGUCGCGGCCGUUGCAGCGGUUGGAGAGCGAGCGUUGCUGCCCACCGCCUGCAGCGGGAAGUGCGAGGAGAUGCUUACGUAGGAGGGCGACAGGAGCUGUUGUCCAUGUUGCAGCACUGAACUGCCUCCUCAGGUAUCCUGGCUCUGGAACUUGCUAUGGGAGAUUGGAUGACUGUUACAGAUCCAGUUCUGUGUACAGAAAACAAAAAUCUCUCUCAAUAUACCUCAGAAACAAAGAUGUCUCCAUCAAGUUUAUACUCCCAGCAAGUACUGUGCUCCUCCAUACCUUUAUCAAAAGCCGUGCAUGGUGAUUUUAGUGCCUUCUGCACAGGAGAGAACAUUGAACAAAGUAUCUCAUAUCUUGAUCAGGAGCUGACCACCUUCGGUUUUCCUUCCUUAUAUGAAGAAUCCAAAAGUAAAGAGACAAAGAGAGAAUUAAACAUAGUUGCUGUUCUGAACUGUAUGAGUGAGCUGCUUGUGCGUCAGCGGAAGAGCCUCCUGGCCCAGGAAAGUGCGGAGACCCAGAAUCUGAAGCUGGGCAGCGACAUGGACCACCUGCAGAGCUGCUACGCCAAACUUAAGGAACAGCUGGAGACCUCCAGGCGAGAGAUGAUCAGUCUUCAGGAGAGAGACAGGCAGCUACAGUGCAAAAACAGAAAUCUGCAUCAGCUUCUGAAAAAUGAGAAAGACGAGGUACAAAAAUUACAAAAUAUCAUAGCCAGCCGGGCUACUCAGUACAAUCAUGAUGUAAAGAGAAAGGAGCGUGAAUACAAUAAGCUGAAGGAACGCCUGCAUCAGCUUGUUAUGAACAAGAAGGAUAAAAACAUAGCCAUGGAUGUCUUAAAUUAUGUGGGUCGAGCUGAUGGAAAACGAGGCUCGUGGAGGACGGAUAAAACAGAAGCCAGGAAUGAAGAUGAAAUGUACAAAAUUCUGCUGAAUGACUAUGAAUACCGCCAGAAGCAGAUCCUGAUGGAGAACGCAGAGCUGAAGAAGGUCCUCCAGCAGAUGAAGAAGGAGAUGAUUUCUCUCCUUUCUCCUCAAAAGAAGAAACCCAGAGAAAGAGCAGAGGACGGCACAGGCACUGUUGUUAUCUCGGAUAUAGAAGAAGAUGCUGGGGAGCUGAGCAGAGACAGUGUCUGGGGCCUUUCCUGUGAUACUGUGAGAGAGCAGCUUACAAACAGCAUCAGGAAACAGUGGAGGAUUUUGAAAAGUCAUGUAGAAAAGCUUGAUAACCAAGCUUCGAAGGUACACUCAGAGGGCCUUAAUGAAGAGGACGUCAUCUCACGACAAGACCACGAGCAGGAGACUGAGAAGCUGGAGCUGGAGAUUGAGCGGUGUAAAGAGAUGAUCCAGGCUCAGCAGCAACUCCUUCAGCAGCUGGCCACCACAUGUGAUGACGACACCACCUCACUGUUGCGAGACUGUUAUUUGCUGGAAGAAAAGGAACGCCUUAAAGAAGAAUGGUCCCUUUUUAAAGAGCAAAAAAGGAAUUUUGAGAGAGAAAGACGAAACUUUACAGAAGCUGCUAUUCGCUUGGGGCUGGAGAGAAAGGCGUUUGAAGAAGAGCGAGCCAGCUGGGUAAAGCAGCAGUUUUUAAACAUGACGACCUUUGACCACCAGAACUCAGAAAAUGUGAAACUUUUCAGUGCCUUCUCAGGAAGUUCUGAUCCAGACAAUCUUAUAGUCCACUCACGGCCACGGCAAAAGAAGCCACAUAGUGUGGCGAAUGGGGUGCCAGCUUGCACAUCAAAACUGACUAAAUCUCUUCCUGCUUCACCUUCUUCUUCAGACUUUUGCCAAACACAUUCAUGUGUGUCUGAACACAGUUCCCUCAGUGUGCUGAACAUAACUCCUGAAGAAGCUAAACCAAACGAGGUUGGAAGAGAAAGUAUGGAUCAGAAGUGGAGCGUGGUGUCAAGGCCCAGUUCGAGGGAGGGUUGCUACAGUGGCUGCUCGCCAGCACACGCUGGCUCUCGCGGAGAACGGGACGACUUCCCAUAGAUGCACGGGCUGCAGUGCUUGUCCUAGAUGUGCGUUAGAGGAACUAACACAGGGUGUAGCAUAAAGUCAGUCAUCUAAUCUAAGAUGCUCGGAGUUGUUUGUUUGGACUUCUCUGUCUUCCCCCAAAGAGCUGAAACGCUAAGCUACUUAAAAGGAUGCGAAAGCUUUGGCCGUGUGAGAGUAACAGAAGCCUCUGGCUCUGUGAAUAAAGGAAUGUAUGGUGUUUGGUUGGAAACAGAAGCACUGGAAUGAUUUCCUCUCCCAGGUACUGAGAAGAGCACUUUUAGGGACUGGUUACUGUAAACAUUAAAUGCUUGUCCCAGGUAUGGUUGGCAUUGGAAGUUUAGCCUUUACUUGAAUGUAUACUGUAGAUUUUUAACAAAGCAAGUUCUAUAUUUAUUAUGUUUAGUGUGAUUUUGGGAUUACCUCUUUCAUAUGUUUUCUGUCUGUACAUAAAAAUAUACAUGACUAUGUUAAGAGGCUUUAAGGUUUAAAAAUUUCACACCACGCUUGAGUAUAGUUCAUAUAGUUCAUGCCAAUUAAAUGUUUUCAGUGGCGCGGAGUUUACAGAUAUGUUAGGACCACUGCCACAGGACAGCUACGAUUUUAUUUCCAAGCCAUUGGGGUAAUAAAAAUUCAAAGCCACUUCAUAAGCUGAGUUCAGAUAACUAGAACUACUAAUGUUACAUUUUUGAGAUUUUUAAAGCAUUAUAUUUUAUUUUAUAUAUGUGGAUGUUAUAAUUUCUAAGAGGAAUAUUGAUUAUGAAGUAAUGGGGGAAAGACAGAAGUAUCUUUGAAUAACAAUAUAAGAGCAUUGGAUUGAGAUAUUUGGAUGAUAAAGGAUAUUUAAGAUAGCUGGAUGGUGAUAUUUUCCUUACCAAAUGGGUGCCAGUACAGUAAUAUCUGUACCAGCCAGGGCUUUAUAUCAUUGCCAAUAAUUUUGUAAUUAAAACCUUUUCAACUAGAUACCACUACUAAAGAAAUAAGACAAUGUAAAACGUUGACUUUUAUAACUGAGAUAUGAUACUCUGGGCACUCUUGUGCCAUUUCGUUUCCGAACAAUCUUAGGCUCUCUUCUGUUGUUUCUGCUGCAUGUUUCUUCAUAAGAAGUACGUAAGUUACUAUUGAUAGUAAUGACAGCGACAGUAAAUGUAGAUGUAGGCCCAGGCUUCUCCUGGAUGGGUUUUUCAUCCAGCAGCUUCUAAGUGCCUCCCCCUGCUUGUCUCCGCACAUAGACGCCGCCACAAGCCCUUGCUUGAUGAUGCAGGUAGUCCAUCCGCCUUUCUCUUUCCUUGCCCCUGCUGUGACUGCUGCAUUAAAUUCAUCAUGUUACCAAGAGAAGCUCUGUGUCGUCCAUUCACUGCAUGACUGCAGGUUUUGCAGCGGGCACUGUCUGGCUGGGUCUGUAAGACAACCCGAUCUGAUGAGGCAGUGCAGCAGAGUAGGUGGCGUCUCCACAGCAGCCAUGUUCAUGGUUCCAGGAGCUAGCUCUUGAGUGCGAGUUGCCACCUUCUGCCUGGUACACGAUCAUUUUUUUUUUUUAAUCUUUGAAGUUUGACAUUGCAGGGGUGUUGCUGUAGUCCAGAAGAUGAGACCCAGCUGGGAUGAUGCAGUUACCUUCUGGGGAAGUAAAGCAAUCAGAGUCGUGAAGUAGUUACUGAUUGUUUGCAUCCCAUGUCCUCACAGGGGUCUGUCUUAUGACAUCGUUUGCCAAAUACAAAUAAUCCUGAUUUUUCAUUAAAACCAUGCUUUAUUCAAUGAGGAGGGUUUUCUGGAGAGGGACAUCUGCUUUUUUGCUGUGUUUGCAUUUCAGCAUGGGCUGAAUUCUCAUACUGCAUAGAAAUUCCUGAGACUUGACAGUUCAAAGGAAAGCAUAGAAGAAAGCCAGAUCCCUUUGGGAUGUGCACAGAUCUGCCAGAAGCCAUUCAUUUUCCUAGCUCUCUUGUUUUUCUGCCCAUUCCAAUUCUAAAAUGAUCCCUGAGACUUCCCAGAGAGUUGGGUGGUGCUGUGUUGGAAGUCAGGAGCCCAGGGGAAAGCUCUCAGGACUCUGUGUCUCUUCCUUUGCAGGCAUUUGCAAUGUGUACCCAACACAGCCAGGCUGGUCUCAAGACUAGAUAGUGACAGCAUCUCGUGGCUCAAAGCCUCCUGGUAACCUUAUGUGCUUUCCUGUUUAUCAAUAUGGAAUCUGAAACUUGGCGCCUCAAGUUGGGACUUAAUUCUUAGCAUGACCAUUUUGAACUUUGAAAGCUUAAUAACUGAUGAAAAUGUAAGAUGCUCUCCUACUCUUAAAAGACUUAUUCACAAUGACUAGAAACUUAGUAAAAAGACCAGUGACAGAAGAAAGCCAUGCUAAGGUUAAUAAAGGAGCAUUUCCAUACGGAAGUCAUAAGAGGUCUGCAAGACUAGCCAGCCACAGCAGGUCGUUGGCCUCAUUGUACAAGUGAAGUACUGUGUGUGGUUUGGGAACAACUCUGUGGUUCCUAUCCUAGCUAAACAGGAUUGCCCAAAGGCUUGUAAUAACCUGAUUUUGUGGGGGAAACAUAGUGCAUGAUGAGGUACCUAAAAUCCAGUUUUAACCACCCCUGUGGUAGGGUCUUCUGAAAGGCCUUGGGACCCCAGUGGAGGUUUCUGAAGCAUGUUAAGCUUGGAGCACUGAGUUCAGAAACCCCUCCUGUGAUCGCCUGCUGUAAUAAUUCUUCCAAGUACAUAUACUUGCGUAGAAAGGUUCUUGAGGUGAAUCCUGGAACUUCAGUCAACACACUUUGCCCUGUGUGUGUGUUUGCUCUUCCAUUCAGUAAACAUGGGCAGAGGACUUGCUGUUACAUCAGGGUUUGUCAUGUCCCAGAAAAGCAGAAGAUGGGCCUACUUCUCCCAUCACUGGGGAUCCCUGAGCUGAAUGCCACUGUAGAACCUCAGUUAUCAUAAGCCAGUGAUAGUCAGUUAGUCACACAUCUGAGCUGUUCCGGGUCCAUUUCCCCAUUUUGUAACAGUAAUGGUGCUUGGCUUUCACAGGAGCCACUGGGCUCUCCUGUGGGAUGUACUGUGUGCAUUGAUUGGUUUGCAGGGUUUGUAUUUCACAAAUGCUGAUAUGUAGAACAGAUAAGAUUUUCUCUCGGGGGAGAAAUGGAUGAAGCAAAGGUGUGCAUGCAGGUGAGGUCAUGAAAUAGAUGAUUUCUAUCUUUUUUUCUAAAUUGAGUGUCUGGUGAUUUUUUUUUUCCUUCUUGGAGGUUGAAUGUAAAUUAAAAUGGAAUGGACUGUUAAUUAAAUGAUUUGAUCUAAAACCA